AUGGAUGCUGGGGCACAGCAAGCCCCGCGAGAAGCUGUCACAAAUGGCGGCGACGGCGGCGCCCAACACCAGCACGCCAAUGGCAGCAACGACUCGGAUCUAUCGCAAGUGCUAGAGGCCCUGCAGGCCAUCUACGCACCCUCUUCGAGCAAUGACACGCGACGUCAGGCUACCGAAUACCUCGAGCAGGCCAAGCGGCACCCUGAAGCGCCCUCACAUGGUCACACCCUCGCGCACGAUCACUCACAACCCGCCCAACUUCGCUACUAUGGCCUUACAAUGCUGGAGUACUCGAUCAAGUACAGCUGGGAAGACUUUUCCGAUCAGCAGGCAAUGGUACUGCGAGGCUAUGCCAUUGACCUCGCCCAGAACGUCGACGAGAGCGAUCCCGUCUACAUCAGGAACAAGGUCGCCCAGAUGUGGACUGAGAUUGCAAAGAGGAGUUGGGGCGCCGAAUGGCUAGACAUGGACGAGCAACUCGUUGCGCUAUGGACGACGUCAUUGCACCACCAAGCCGUUGUGCUAUACGUCCUGGAGACGCUGUCGGAAGAGGUCUUCAACCGCGAGGACGCCACCGCAGGUCUAAGGGGCAGUGAUCUGGGACGGGCAUGUGUCGAAAUCUUUACACCGCUCGCUGUCAUACAAGAGCAGCUACCGACAAGGGAAAAGAGCCUGGAGGUGCGCUGCGGAGACGAAGGAUGGCUUAAGAGGCUGUGCAACAACUUGGGCUGGUGUAUGGGUCAAGACUACAAUCAAGAAAACAUAAAGGCAAGCGCGGUGAAGACCAUGCAUGCGCUCAGGGCGGCUAUGCCGUGGAUCAUGCCCAAGGCUAUUGCGGCCACCCAAGUCAUUGAGGCUGUCUGCAAAGCCCUUGCCACUCCAGUUGUAGAAAUGCAAAUUGCCGCCGUAGAGACACUGCAAGCCAUCUACAACCGAACCCACCUACACGAUGACGAGUUUGUGGCGCUGGUAUGUCCCAUGUUUACACCGGGAAGCGUAUCGCUCGUGCGGGAAGUAUACAACUGGACGCUCGCCGACAUGAACGUCAAUGACAUCGAUGACCAGAAAUACAUGCUUUGCAAGAGGCUCUCUGAAUUGGCCAACAGUCUCGGCCUCUCCAUCGAACAAAAGCCGCAGUCUAUUCCUGACGGCAGCGAUCUGGCAGGUGUAUUUGGAUUUCUCUAUGACAUCAUGCGUAACCCCAGCCUCGUUGUCUCGAUACCGGUACUCCACUGUUGGACCAAGUUGCUACGAUCGAGCAUUGUCCGGGACUCUGAUGUUGUCAAUUCCAUGGUUGGCGGCCUCCUCGAGACCUGUUGUGCGCGACUAAUUCGAUAUGAAUCCCUCCCUGAAGAUACUGAAGACAUCACAUUGCAGUUCCUGAAUGAAGACAUUGACACCGUCCCCGAGCGCCAUGCCUUCCUCGGCAACUAUCGCCGUUUCUGCGCAGAAGUAAUCGAAGUACUAGUCCGCAAGACCCCGGUCGAAGCAAUGGAGCACAUCCUUGCUCAAGCAACAAGCAUGCUGCAAAACCUAUACCGCGAUCAGCCUGCGUUCCAGCGUCAAACCUUCACCAAGAAUUCGUACCAGGUUCUUCAGGUAGACGCCCAAGUCACCGUCAUCGAGGCCGCUCUCAAGGGCUACAUGAAGUGGCAACAAAGCACAGGAGAAGAAGGGCUAGAGAACGAUGAGACGCGUCACCAACUAGAAAACUCCCUCGAACAAUGGGGCAGGCAAAUACUGCAGGCACAAUUCGAAGACCCUGAAGUGGCUAGGAAGAUCAUUUCCCUGACGGCGACGCUCUCCACAAAGGCUCUCGGUGAUCGGCCGGGCUUUGCGCUAACCUUCCUAGAGUACAUGCUCACGAUUCGUCUAGCAGACGACACCAACUACCCGCACUACUCGGAUGCAGUAAAAGACUUGGAGCGUAUAUGCAGCUUGGAGAUGCAGAAACUUGCGAUGAAGUUUGCCGAUGACUUUAUGAACGUCUACGACCAAUUAGAAGCCAAGGUCAAUGAGAUGAUUAAUGACCCCACGACUGACGAGCGGCAACGCAUGGCAUACUCUGCUUUUCUUUUCAUCAUCAUACAUAGAUGUACCACCCUAGAGCGAAGCGUCCAGGAAGAGCGCAUGCGGCAAAUGCUGAACCGCGUAAAGGAUGCGUGGCGCAACGAUGAGUUUACCGAGGCCAUUUCUUCGUUUCAGUCUUUCUGUACCGCCUUGGGCAUGGGCCAAUUGCCCGAAUUCUUGUCUUUGAACAACUUUCGGGGUGUUCAGGACUGGUCUCAACAGUCUCUGCCCGGUGAAGGGCAGAUUUUGCAGGCCAACAUUCUCGAGCGCUCACAGCAUCUGCCACUGCGACUCACAAAAACCCUACUUGCAGCCUCGACCGAGAAGCUACGCGAUGGCACCCCUGCGUAUGAAACUGCUGCCUUACUGUGGUCCGAAGCGAUACCCGUUCUGCUACCAAACCUGCUUCAGCUUGUAAGCCACGCGCAAGCGUUCAACGACAUCGACAGCAACUGGUCUCACCUGCCGGUUGACCUGCAGCAAGUCAUCCGAAAGGUGUUGACGGAUCGUUUCUGGCAAGCUGGUAUAUCGACGGAGAGCAGAGAUGACUUCUUCGCCAGAGUGAGCGGUUCAAAAUCAACAUUUGAAGGAUUUGCAUCAACAGUGCGUGGUACAGUACGGCAGAUUAGGGAGAGCUCGUACUACAUCCUUUACUCACUAACGCGAUUCCGAGACUUCUUUUACGGCAUUCAAGAUCUCCCGGGACCGUUGAGUCAAGCACUAUUUGGACACGCUGGCGCACUGACUGCGCAUCAUUUGUCUGUUCUACUAACAGUGUCUACACAUCUAAUUGAAGGAUGCCCAGCCCAAUUACGGCCGCAGUUUCUACCGCCCAUGAUCCAAGGACUUUUCCGCGAGCUCGAUCGCAAAAUCAGCACUGAGUGGAAUGAGGUUGCCAAACAAGUGGCAGAGUCUGGGGACAAUGACAACUUGACGGAUGAGAUGAAGACUGAAAGCAUAUUACGCCAGCUCACGUAUUCGUCCGUCUCACUUGUCGCUGUCCUACUCGAUUCACGACAGGAGUUUGCCCGACAUGACGAGUCCGGUCGAAAAGAGGCCAACGCACCGCCAAUGUGCGACUUCAUCUUGGCAACACCCUCUGUUCUCGAACCGAUCCUACUGUUUUGCAACUCAACUGUGCGAGUACGCGACACGCGAUCAGUCGUUACCAUUGUUCGCGUUCUGCGUACCCUGCUACCGCGUUUCAAGGAGCAAUCACCCAUCCGCGAAUACUUCUGCAACGACAUACUCAAGUCAGCCAUUACCUCCCUCCACGAGCCAUACUUUGUCGAUUGCCAAAAGGAACUCGCCUCUCUCAUUGCGGGCAUCAUUCACUUGGAUGAUGAUAGUCCUCGCUCCAUCAUCCUGUCUCUACCAGGCAUGGGCGAUCAGUAUCGUGUAGAUCGUCGUCUUGCCAAACUUCGUAGCGCGAACCGCCAAGAUGAGCGUAUGCAGCGCAGUAUUGUGCUUGAUCUUCUUAGCAGUAUCAAGGGCGUGAGUAUUCACGAGCAAGGCAAGAUCCAACGGCCCAAGACCAAAGGCAGAACAGUUAUGAUGGAGCAGUAUAUGAGCGUCGAUCAGCAACAGCCUUCUAUCGUUAGGGGGACUAGUCCCGGACUGGCAGGCGUGGCUGACAUGUUCGGGGAGUCCUAG